AUGUCUUUCCUAACAUGGCCGUUCUUCCUCCUCAUACCGGCUUUUGUUCUAUUACACCUGUUCGUUUCGCCGUACACGAAAGUUGAGGAAUCAUUCAAUAUCCAGGCUAUUCAUGAUAUCUUGGUACAUGGAAUACCUACAGAGAACUCUGAUCAGUUCUUGACAUCGAACUACGAUCAUGUCAGUUUUCCUGGGAGCGUGCCAAGGACUUUUGCAGGCGCUCUGGUCUUGAGUGGGUUGAGCAGGCCGUUUGUUGGGCUGUUAGGGGAUAUGGCCCAGGCACAACUGCUCAUCAGGGCAGUACUUGGGCUACUCAAUGCGGCCUCGCUCAUUGCAUUCGGAAGGAGCGUGCAGAAAGCUUUUGGUACUAGUGCUGGUGUUUGGUAUGCUUUGUUUCAAGCAAGCCAAUUCCAUGCCAUCUACUAUGCUUCGAGGACGCUGCCCAAUAUGUUUGCUUUCGUGUUCAGUAACUUGGCGUUACGAAGCUUGUUACUCGCAUACACCGUACCAUGGAGCACUUCAAAUAUCUCAGGGUACUACCGACUGACCUUGUAUCUACUCACGGUUGCGGGUGUGGUCUUCCGCUCGGAGCUAGCAAUCUUAGUGGGAACAAUCACCAUCUAUCUGUUCAUCACACGAAGGAUCUCGAUCACAAAUGUCAUCAUCCCAGCUGGAAUUGGUGGCCUCGUCAUUGGGCUCCUCUGCACCGUGCCUUUAGAUUCCUUCUUCUGGCAGUCUUUCCCGCUUUGGCCCGAAUGGACGGGCUUCUAUUACAACACCAUCCAAGGACAUUCAGCUGAUUGGGGCGUAUCGCCAUGGCAUUAUUACUUUGCAAACGCACUGCCGCGACUGCUACUGAACCCAGCAACGUUUUUGCUUUGUAUUCCAGUUGCAAUCAUGAACACAUCGACGUCUAGGCGAAGCUUGGAUCUGCUCGUGCCACUAAUUAGUUUUGUGGCACUUUACAGCUUCCUUCCGCACAAGGAAUGGCGCUUUAUUCUCUACGUAAUACCGGGUCUAACUGCAGUGGCUGCAGACGGAGCAGCUUGGAUCUGGACUCGCAGAUCAAAAUCCUUUGUAUACGCCACUCUGAGCUUGGCCUUGCUAGGAUCAGUUGUGGUAUCAUUCGCUGCAUCUACUGCGAUAUUGGGUAUCUCCAGCCUCAACUAUCCCGGAGGCGAAGCUCUUCAUACCCUACACAAAGAGAUGGGACAUCCGGACAGAAACCACUUUAGCGUGUACUUCGAUAAUCUAGCUUGUCAAACAGGCGUCACACGUUUUCUAGAGAGCCACAGAGGACCCCAGACGGUACUUGAUGUUCUUGAAGCACAGGAUACACUGAAUAGCAGAACAUGGACAUACGACAAGACCGAAGACCCAGUCGCACUUCUAGACCCAAUGUUCUGGACCAAGUUUGACUAUGUUCUUGCUGAGAGACCAGAGAAGGUGAUUGGUAGUUGGGAGGUAGUUCAUACUGUGUAUGGAUUUGGCGGAGUCAGACUUCUGAAGCCAGGAGAAGAGAGCGGCUUGCUGGUCGAGUACCCGGAUACAACAGAAAAAAACGUCACAUCGCAAGACAAGUGGGCUUCGAAGGUUGCAGCGACAUGGCAUGGAUUGGAAAAGCUGUUAAGGAAUGGCCUAUUGCGAGGAUACUGGGCUGAGAUUCGGAUGGAGCCAAAGAUUCAUAUCUUGCAAAAUCAGAUGAAAUAG